AGAACAUCAGCCAUCGAUCUUUGUAGUACUAGUGUAUGUGUAUGUGUAUCUCAAUCCUGUUCCUGCUGUUAAUGUAUCAUCUUAGCAUGCUGAGCAGGUGACUCGUUCGUUUCCGUUGUAUCGUGUCCUUUCACUCGGUUAAAGCCGUAGCAACAUUGGAUUGUUCUUGCUAGGAGAUCUCAUCUUUGUCGCAGAUCUGUUGUUAGUUUGUCGAAGAUCUGUUGUUAGUUAGAAAGAAAGAUGUCGGCUACAACAAACGCCGGAGGAUACGGCGCCGCUGCGUCCGUAGCAGCAGCCACGACGACGCCUGGCCAGCUUCUAGGUCCACCAACGCAACAAGUCAUGCUGGAAUUUGAGAAGCAUUAUGAUCAGUGCUAACUAUCAUCACUAUGGAGAUGAACUAAGUACUACCUUUCUAUGAUAACUAUGAUAUAAGGUGAAGCACUACCAGUACCAGAUGAAGCACUAUCUGUAGUAGUUCUCCUGGUGCAAUUACUUCCAGACUUUCCCACCAUGUAUGCGGGUAGUAAGUAUUUUUUUUCAUGAUUAUAAUUUUCACUCAUUGAGUUCUUUCUUUGUCUCAGGUGUAGUGCCUCUAAUUUAGGUGAUGUAUAGAUCACCUAACUUGUUUCUUUGUCUGAGGUAAUGUAUGUGAUCAUCUUAUCUAAAAAAUCUUGUGCACAAGUGUUGGGCAGAAUGAUUUGUCAAGUGUAGAGAAUCUUGUGCGCAAGUGUUGGGCGUUGGCACAAUUUCGUCUAAACAGUGAUGAAGCUGACGCAAGUGGCGCAAGCUGCGGAUUGCUUUGACGUGAUCUCGUGUAAGUUUUUAUGGUCUCUAUUCGGGUCACAACGGAGCCAGGCAGUUACUUGUAGCUGCUACGUGGUCCGAAUGAGUGAAUGAACGUCGCGCAACUUCAAAAACUUAACCUUGCACACGCGUUAUAAUUUUCAUACACAUGCGUUGUUAGUUAAACUUUUGAUGAGACACGUUGCAGACGGAAGUAGUAGUGUAAUGGUCUUCUAAACCCGUGGAGUGGGUGCAUUCAUUCAAGCAUUUAUUCACUGACACGCAUUACAAUUUUCAUACUCGUGUGUGGUACCCAAUCGUUAUCGACUCGAGAACAAAACGGCGCGAGAAGAAGCGAGACAGAGGAAAGCGAUGCUUUAUGGCAUUCAAACAUUGGAAGUAGAGGAAAGGCCGCUAGCUGCUACGUCUAAACGUGAAUGGUAUAUUAAGUGGACCGACUACAUUUCAAAGCUGAGUUUUUACAACGAAAAAAAAAAUGCGGAAUACAGCAGAAAAGCGAAAGGCUGAAGAUAAGCUGUGGCUGUGCUACAUGUAGUUGGUCCAUUCUCUCUUUUUCUCCGUCUCGCCUUUCUUCAUAUCAUAGCAGGGUUGAAGGCGAACAAAGACGGAGUGUUUAGCCAGGAAGAGGUGCAGAGUAUUAUGGGAAAAGUAAAGACUCAAGAACAAAAGGCAGGCAUGUUGGGAAAAGAAAUGUACUUUUUGAUGAAGGCAUGUCGGGGAAAGAAAUGUACUUCUAAACUAUAUCUCGUUGGCUGGAAGAACUACUAAAGCGUUUUUGCAGAUCUUAUUGAUGGUUGUGAUCGUGUAGACAACUGACCAGUACUUGGAUUCCUCUUCUACAAGAUUGUCGGCAUAACUUUGGAUCCCCUUCUACAAAAUCCUUCUUCUAUUGUCCAUGAUAUUGUGAGGGUCUGUGCAUCAGGUUAACACGUAGCUUUCUCAAUUAAAGUCGACAGAAAGCGCUCCUCCCGAUGGGGGUAGCAUUAGUGCAGUGACACACACUCGACUCAGUUGUCUACAGGAUCACUUAUCGAUGCUUGUGAUCGUGUAGACAACUGACCAGUACUUGGAUAGACAAGCGCAUCUCCUUCUCACGACAACAACUAACUCCUCCUCGUCCCAUCCAACAGGCGCAUAUACGAAGACGUCUCGUGUUGUCAAAAAUAUUUUUGCCGUGGUCAGCGCGCAGCAUUCUUGAACGUUCACGUAGUGAACCUGAGCGGCAUGGACCCAGAAAAUGCGGAGGGCACCGCGUCGGAUGGAGAUUUAUGAGGCGGACCUUUCUAGACUUAGUAGCAGCAAGUAGUAACUCAGAAGAGACUCAGGGAAGUCGUAGGUCCAAUCGUCACCAGUAGCAAAGAACUACGUUGCAAGGAAUAACCCCGAUGCCAUCAAAUAAAGCUGCAGAGUAGAUGAAGCAGUCGCAAAAAAUAACUUCGAAGAACAACAAAGUGCUAGACGACCCACUUUCAGUUUAUUCCGAUCUCGAGGAUCCUAACCACACAGCCCCCCCAGAGUCCGAAGCCGUGUUGCAGCUGGAGAAGGAGUUCGCCUGUGAGUGGUUUGAGUGUUGCUGUCCUUGCUUUCAGUGCGUUUAUGGUAACGGAUUCUAGAUACAAGCAUGUUCUUGUGCGGAGGGAGGAGUAACGACGAAGCAGCCCUUAGUGCUGUUAGUUAAUCCCUUCUUCUAGUUCUACUAACUAAAUACGACUUCAAAAUAGAAGCAUGUUGUUGUCAAGAACAAGCAUUUCACCUUCAACCGUACAAAAGUUUGCGAGUGAAAGACAAUCUUGGUACCGGAUUUAAACACGACCCAAUAACAUAAUUUUUACGACUUGUUCGAUUUGCCACCUCACUUCCGCUUCAUACAAUUCCUUUGACGCUGAACUCGUGUGGGCUGUGUCCCUGCUGUGCAACGCUGUGCAUGCCGCAAAUGCACGUGUCUACGGGUCCAGUGGUCGUAGGGGGCCCUCAGUAUCUGGGAUACGUUCAAGACCACAACCGUUGCUGUUAUGGCUGCGCAACUACGAAAGAACACAAUCAUCUAAAACAUAAAAAAGUCUUUCCUUCGACGGCUUAUUUUCAUCUUACAGUAUCUUCUAUUUCGGACACCUUCUUUUACAUCAUACAUUUGCAGUAUUUAAUUUCUCUGGGUCUCCCAGUGUCCUCCUUCAUGAAGAUGGAGUCUCGCAUUCGAUAUACGAUGAGAACGAGGAGCUGCGGUACACUUUGGAAGGCUCAUUCUUCCAAGCAGGUAAUUGCUGUGAUAUGCGUGAGGUCACUCAUGAAAUCUAUGAAGCCUCUAGCGGCUACCGUGUAGGCGAAAUGGUGAAGGAGGAAGGCUUAUGGCGUGGGUGGUCUUAGAGAUUGUGAAGUAGUUGUGAAAAAGGAAGGCUUCUGACGUGGCUGUGGCGACUCGUCAUGUGUUGUUGUGUUAGAAAUUCUUGGAAUUUAUUAUGGCCAGCAUAAAACGGAUAAUGGUUGAAAGGAUACAAUUUCAGGUUUUUGAAUUUUUAAGGAGGUAAACUAGGUAUUUACGUAGCUAGGUUAAAUAGAUAGGCUGGCUGUGGGCGUCUGGUAGGUUGCCGGCUGGGCGGAUGCUGCCAACGGGGUCACGAUUGCAGCAUUGCGAGGCCCGUAGCCAUCCCUUGCAGCAUGGCGAGGCCCGUAGCCAUCCCUAGCUGGCACAGCUGCGCGCCAAGUCCUGUGUUGUUGCUGUGUUAUAAAUGUGUUGUGGUGUUGUGUUAUUGUGUUAGAAUUUCUUGGAAUUGAUUGUUCGUCUGUUGACGGUUACUUAGCACAGCCACACCUUAUCUUCAGCCUUUCGAAUUUCUGCUGUAUUCCGCAUUUUUUUUUCGUUGUAAAAAAUCAGCUUUGAAAUGGACUACUCUGUGGAGUUUGCCCACUCGCAAAAACAAAUCAGCGCAGAUCUUAAAGCGAGCACUUGAUUGAUUGACUGACUGAUUGAGUGGUUGAUUGACUGAUGUAAUAAUAUCUCGCACUCGCCAUGCAAUAGCUAUGCCCUUCAUCUAAUGACGUCGAUCGUCCAAGCUGUAAUGGACGAAGUCUUGGAUUCGCAGACUUACAGCAUCGACCAUCCUGACAAUUCCAGUACUAUCAUAGAAGCAGAGUAGUUUUGAACACUCACUCCAUGGUUUGGCUUUUGGUGUUUACCUUAGAAAAGGUAUGUUGCGUGUUGCGAUCACAUUCGUGCGCAAACUAUACUUUCAAUUAACAAGUAGUAGGUGAAUUUUUUAGAAGAAGAAGACCUUUUUUUUUGUUGUUCCAUCAGCCAUUCUUCCAUUCGUCAGCAUCGAACGACCGGGCGCUGUUGAUUGCAUCCACGCUAUUGGUCGAGAUGCAGAAGUACGAUAAAAGCAAUAGCAUGGGCAUCCUUGGUCGACAGCGCAAGCAAUAGCGCACAGCAAUAGCGAGUUUCACGCAGUAGUUAGUAGUAGACGAUCCUCUAUGCUCAAGCUAGUGGAUCGCGGUGUUGUAUACCAUUCUAAUAUUUAAGCAGUUGUGGAAGCAUCUAGAGACUUGAUGUUGCUUCAUGAUUAGUCAUUACAAUUGCUAUAUCAUCAUAGAGGGAGGAAAGGGUUGAUAGAGGGAGGAAAGGGUUGAACACAUGCCACCAAGUGCAGAAGUUCGCCUUUUCCUCCAGCUCAUGCAGCUUCAAUCACACCAGCGAGUUUCAAUCACAUUAACUCAAGAAGAUUUUUGGCACCAAGUGCAGAUGCAACAUUAAGCAAAAUGUGGAAUUUGUUUCAGAACUCCUCUGUAUUUUUUCGCACUCCGUAUCCUUCACUCAGUUAAAUUCUCCGUUCAUACCGGAUAUUUAGUAUCAACGAUUGAGAACGUCUCUGUACAGUAAGAAAAGGAGCAAUUGCAGUCUGGAACAAGAAACUUUUGGUCAAAGAAAAGGGCCUCUUUUUCUGGCUUGCAUCAGAUUGUUGGGAUGAGUGCUACCUGUAUUUGAGAAAGUAUUCACUGCACAGUAGUAUUUUUGUUUGAGAUUUGCUUGUACUGUACAUAGAAAGCCAGCGGUUUCUUGAAGCAUACUGGGCGGCGCAACAGUGAGCAGCACUAAAAUUUCUGUUGCAAACUUGCACAUUCAAUCAUUUUCAACAGGCAGCUACAGCAUGAAGAAAUCCCUGCAUGAGAAUAUAACAGCAAUAGACGGUCUUGUCUACAAUGUGUCUCUGGUGAAGAACAAAGUGUCAU